UAUCAUGCGCCUUUGGAGGGAAGGCAGUAGCACAUCACCAAGGAGCAGCUUGAGUUCCUCAUAGAUUGUCAUAUGACCAUCAGACAAAUGGCAGAUGUUCUCAAUGUGUUGCAAUCUGUGGUCAAGCGGCGCAUGAGGUGGAGGAUUGUUAUCCAUGGUGCUGUGGAUGGUUACAGCAGACUUGUUGGGUUUCUGAAAGCCUCUGACAACAACAGGAGUGUCAGUCAUGGAGUCAUUCGAAGCAGCCAUCACCAGCUACGGAGUACCAUCCCGGGUGAGAAACACCGGAUGGUGAAAACAACCGUAUCUGUGCCUUCAUGGAGCAGUUCAGGGAUGUUGAGAGGGGAAGUGCCCUCAGAGGAAGGUGCACUCACAACCAGAGGAUAGAACGGCUGUGGGGGGGACAAUCUGACAUGUAGUCUCCAACGUUUACCAUUACCUGUUCACCUUCUUGGAGAUGGAGCAGAUCAUUGACAUCAACAAUGAGGUGUACCUGUGGGCACUACACUUUGUGUUCCUGCCACGGGUGAACAGAGAUCUUGCUGUGUUUGCCAGUCAGUGGAACUGCCAUGGGCUGAGGACUGACCAACGGCAGUCACCUCUGCAGUUGUUCGUCUCGGGUUCCCUGGCAAUGCAGAGGGCCAAUCUGACAGCAGUAAGGUAUUUGUUCGCCCCCACCUCUGCUCCUCCAACCCCCACCUCUGCUCCUCCAACCACCACCUCUGCUCCUCCAACCACCACCUCUGCUCCUCCAACCACCACCUCUGCUCCUCCAACCACCACCUCUGCUCCUCCAACCACCACCUCUGCUCCUCCAACCACCACCUCUGCUCCUCCAACCACCACCUCUGCUCCUCCAACCACCACCUCUGCUCCUCCAACCACCACCUCUGCUCCUCCAACCACCACCUCUGCUCCUCCAACCACCACCUCUGCUCCUCCAACCACCACCUCUGCUCCUCCAACCACCACCUCUGCUCCUCCAACCACCACCUCUGCUCCUCCAACCACCACCUCUGCUCCUCCAACCACCACCUCUGCUCCUCCAACCACCACCUCUGCUCCUCCAACCACCACCUCUGCUCCUCCAACCACCACCUCUGCUCCUCCAACCACCACCUCUGCUCCUCCAACCACCACCUCGGCUCCUCCAACCACCACCUCGGCUCCUCCAACCACCACCUCGGCUCUUUAUUGGUCGGAAUGGGUGAUUGUGCCACAAAUCCAGUUCACCAUCAGCAACACACAGAUGGAACUGUUGCGGACAAUAAUUCCAUUGGAAGGCCCCAGAGGCAGCCUGGGAGUUGACUAUCUACAGAGGGUUAUGGCAGUUAUAUCUUCAGCGCCACUCUUUCCUACUCCAACCUGACCUACUACAUACUCCCCUACUGGGAUGAGGGAUUGGACGCUAUAUUUUCAGCGCCCCUCGUUUCUUUGAAUCGGUUAAUUUCUUUAAUACUAUUAUACAUUUUAUAAUACUAACAUUCCCCCUCUUUCACACACUGUAUGAUUUGGUCUCUAGAAAGGUACGAUAGACAUCUUCAACUCUAAACGGAUGAGGACCAGGUGGCCUUAACCUUUGUUAAGUACUUCCCCAUUCCAGUACGAUUCUGUUUGGUCAUAUUUGGAGAGAGUCAGGUACUGUUAAGAUAUACGGCCUAUGGUUACUGUAUUUUGCUCUAUGGCACUUUAGCACAGCAUUCCAUCUGCUGACACGAUAUUUGUCUUCCACUCAGUACAACACGACCCAGGAGAGGCCUACUGCAAGCACUGGAUUGGAACCUUCAGAGCGUGGCUGCUGUGGGAGGACAACAGAACAUUCUGAAUGGACAUUAUUAAAAUGUAAUGCCCAUUAUUUUAGCAAUGCCCAAUUGGCACUUUUAUAAAUUGUUGAAAUAAACGUGUGGAGAACGCCCUAUAGUUCUUUUUUAUUUUUUUAAACUAUGAA